UGUACAACCUUCUGCUACAUCACAACCAGAGAGGAGUGAGCGCUUCUCCCUGAACCAAAGGACUCACAUCAUCAGAUCCUGUGAAGACAACACAACACUUCAUUGACUGCAGAUAUAUUUUUGCUUCUGCUCUUCUUCAACAUGAAUAUGUCCAGUCUUUCAAAUGGAGCUCUAUUUUUCUUUUUUUUAACAGCACAGGUGUUUGCAGUCGUCUGGUCCCAGGCAUGUCCUCGGAGAUGCCUGUGUCCUAAGGACCCCCCCAUGUGUCUCCCUGGGGUGCCCCUGAUCCUGGACGACUGUGCCUGCUGCCUGGUGUGCGCCCGUCAGAAAGGACAGAUCUGCUCUGAGGUGAACCCCUGCGACACACGUAAAGGCCUGCAGUGUGAUUACACAGCUGACGUUCACAAAAGGACCGGCAUCUGUGCAGCUCAUGGGGGAAAUGUGUGUGUUUUGGGUGGUUCCGUCUACCAAAAUGGCCAGACCUUCUUCCCCAGCUGCAAGUACCAGUGUGUGUGUCGUGAUGGACAGAUCGGCUGCUUGCCCCGCUGCAACUUGGAUGUGAUGCUGCCCGGGCCUGACUGCCCCGUGCCACGGAAGAUCCAGGUUCCCGGGGAGUGCUGCGAGAAAUGGGUGUGCGAGCCCCAAGCUAAGGCCAGCACACUGGGUGGCUUUGCCAUGGCAGCCUAUCGUCAGGAAGAGACGGUGGGCGUCGACAGCUGGGACCUCAGCCUGAACUGCAUCGAGCAGACCACUGAGUGGGGCGCCUGCUCCCAAAGCUGCGGCAUGGGGGUGUCCACCAGAGUGACCAAUAAGAACCGUCGGUGCGAGAUGGUGAAGCAGAGCCGGCUGUGUAUGAUCAGACCCUGUGACAACCUGCAGCUACAGCUGACUCAGCUGAAGAGAGGCAGCAAGUGCCAGAGGAUGGUGAGGAGCGACCAAGCCGUCCACCUCUCCUAUAAGAACUGCACCAGCGUCCAGGCCUACAAGCCUCGCUACUGUGGCUCCUGCACAGAUGGCCGCUGCUGUACCCCCCACAGAACCAAGACUGCUCUGGUGGAUUUCCAGUGUGCCAACGGUAAAAUUGCCAGGAGGCCAGUCAUGGCGAUCCUUACCUGCGUUUGCCACAGCCACUGCCCCAGAGAGAAUGCCGCGUGGCAGCCGUCAGAGCUGGGAUACAGCGGCAUGAGGUUAUAGGUCAACAUAAGAUAAUAAUAAUAAGGUUAUAAUGUACAGUAAAUCCAGAUUGUAGGUGAAGACUGUGUCUCUAAAUGCAGGGAUUCCUCGAGGCUGUUACAUGGACGGUAGCAUCCUUCAUUUUACAAACAUGAGUUGCAUUAACUCAAAACUUUAUAUUAAGAUGGAGACUGUCCACAACAUAAUAUAAACAGUAUGUAGGCCUAUAAAGUAUGGCAUGCAUUUAAGGAAAAGAUCAUAGAGAAUUAAAUAGCUCUUUAUCUGCAGAGGGAUUUUAUCUUGUAUCAUCCUGUGGACAAAUUAGUGUCAUAUCCACUAUUGCAAAGUAAAGCACUUAAACCUUGAGACAUAUUGAUUCUCUCCACUUCUGGAGAUCAGGUAGAGUAUAGUUGUGCUCAACCUAAAUUAAUAAGGAAGAAAGCUAUGGCAGCCAACAGCUUCAUGUACUGUGCGUCUUUUAAUUCAAUCACUUGCCGUACGGUCACAUUUUGUCACCUUAAUCUACAAAAAAGUAAAUAAGGAUGAAAUUGAUAAAAACAGCGGCAAGAAGGCAGAAGGAAAUAGACGAGCUUAACUUGAACUUUUACCUUUCCAUGGCACUGCUGUGGGAACUCUCCAACCAUGGGUCACAUUUUUGAAAUAACUGGACUGUAAACUUUGACCUGGUCCCAGCGAAGGGCUCAAUCUAUGAAAGAGAGGUCACUGCGGUGAUGGGUGUCAUUCCUAACAUCUGCUUAAACUCCUACUCCUGUUGCAAUGAAAGCACAUGUAUGCUGUUAGAUAUUAAUACGCUUUUUGUUAAAAGUAGUGCACAUAAACAACAGCUAUUUGUAUAAUGACAAAAGUUUUGUAAAUACUUGCUGUAUAGUUGGUUUGACUGAGUGUGUAUCAAAUACACAGUGUUAAU